UUCACAAACGCGCGUUUCUCCUCAGCUUGCCGUAGCUGCGAUCAGCUGAACUGUAUUUGCGGAAGUUCUCUCGUUAUUGCCGGUUGAAAUUAAACACAUCUAUCUUUUCUUACAGCUCUUUUACAGAUAAAGUAUGGAUUUUAACUCUGAGUCUAUUAAGAAAAUCCUGUCAAAGUAUAAAUUUCGUGAUGUCGCAAUUGAAGAGCUACAAAAAGUCUCUCGCCUUCACCCUGACAUGAUAGUUAAACACGAGACAUACACAUUCACGGACAGUUCACAGAAAGAUCUGCUUAAGAUAAUUGGAAACAUCCCUAUUAGAUACCAGGGACACUCAUAUAACCUGCCUAUCCUGCUUUGGCUCUUGGAUUCUUUUCCCUUUACGCCUCCCAUCUGCUUCCUGCGACCAACCUCCAGCAUGGUCAUACGAGAGGGAAAACACGUGGAUUCAAAGGGAAGAAUAUACCUGCCGGGCUUACAUAACUGGGAUCAUCCCAAGUCAUCUGUAAACGGUCUCCUAGCGGAGAUGAUAGCUAAAUUCGAAGAGGAACCUCCCCUGGGUACGAAAUCUUCUGGACCUGCUGAAAAUCCUAAUGAUCUACUGGCCUAUGUGUCAAAUCUCUCGCUUAAUGAAGGUGGGAGUCGGCCUGACCAAGCGGUUAAAGUCUCUGUGAUUGGUGGGGGAGAUUUAGGAGUAGCUACUGUGUUAAGUAUAAUGGCAAAGAGCAGUGUUGACAAACUGGUUUUGAUUGACAGCCCUGAGUGUUCAAACAAAGGAGGCACGACGGAUUUGGAGAUAUUCAGUUUACCAAAGGUCGAGGUCUCUAAAGACCUGGCAGCUUCAGCAGAGUCUAAGGUGGUGAUCGUCACUGCGAACGCCUGGAAUGAUGAGCAGUCGUACGUUAGUGUGGUUCAAACCAAUGUGGACAUGUACCGCUCCAUCAUCCCUCGCCUCGCCCAGCUGAGUCCAAACGCCAUUCUGCUUAUUGCUUCUCAACCAGUGGAUGUUAUGACACACGUGGCUUGGAGACAAAGUCAUCUGCUGCCAAAUCAAGUUAUCGGGGUGGGCUGUAACCUCGACUCACAAAGGCUGUCUCACAUCAUCAACAUUUCACUACUGGCCAAUAACGCAGGCAAGCAGGCAUGGGUCAUAGGAGAACUUUCAGAAAACAAAGUGGCGGUGUGGGGUGAUGUAAAACCAGGGACUGACCAACUACAAGGAUUAACCCCAGUGUCCAACUCCACCAAACCCUUGAUGGACAGGGCGUUAGAGAUGCUGAAGGGCAGAGGUCAGAGGUCAUGGUCGGUUGGAUUGUCCAUUGCUGACAUCACUCACAGCAUCAUAACAGACCAAAAGAAAAUACACUCCGUCACAACUUUGGCUGAGGGAUGGGGUGGAAUCGGCUCCAAAGUGUUUCUCAGCUUGCCAUGCAUUAUCGGAGAAAACGGCUCAAUCAGAAUAGCCGGAGUGUCUUUAGGUCCAGAAGAUGAAAUGAAGCUGAGGGAAAGUGUAGCAACUCAGGUCAACCUCUUCAUGCAACUCAGAUUGUAGCUUCAUGAUGGGACAAGACACCUCUACAGAUGCUUUCCGUUUUCUCUUCAGCUGAUUGCAUCUUCUCUCUACCUCCGUUCUUUAAUACUCCAGCAUCACAUAAAGACGGUUUCAUCCUUCUGG